AUGAGUGCACGCUCCGCCCCAACACCUCGGCCACGUAAUACCCUAACUCUAACGGAUCAUGCCACAGUCGUUGCAUUCCUACUAAGCGUUAGCAUCACGCUACAGCCACCAAGAAGCUCCAUCCAAGCUUGCGCGGCCAUUUAUGGCUUUAGCGGUGACCUGAUCUCGCGUUUGUGGCGCAGAGCCGUUCAGGACAUCAAAGCAGGCAACUCCAUCAACUACGACAGCGGUAGGAAGGGAAAGGGCGGUCGCAACUCCCGCAUGACGGAAGCGUUACGCGAGGACCUCAACAGGUUCAUUGAACUUAUCCCUUUAAACGAUCGCACGGAUAUUCGUACUUUAGCGAGUAAUCUAGGUAUUCCAAAAUCGACCCUACAUGACUAG